AAACAGGACAGUGAAUGGAAGUUGUGACUGAAAGUUUCGAUCCUCGACUUACCAAACAAAAGUUUUAAAGCUCUUUCAAAUAUAUAGUUAAAUAGAUACUUAUUCCAUAUCUCUGUUCAAAUUUACCGUCAAAGUGCUGUGGAUAAAAAUUACCAGAUAUUUAAAGUUUCUCUACUUCAUUUGGUCAAUGCUGGUCAUAUAAUUAAGUUGUUUAACGUACUUUCUGAGAAGAGAUUAGUAUUAUAUUUCUAAUGAACAAGAUGGACUUAUCAGUAGAUUUAUCGAUUUUGAAAGGAGAAAUAUCUAGCUCAGAACAUUUUUCUCUUUUUUCACUAUUCAGAGCGACUGUGGUUAAAAAUCCAACAAAAAUAGCAGUAAUUUAUGAUGAUGACGAAGAAACUAAAAAAUUAUCAUAUGAAAGUUUAGAUUCAAUCUCUGACCGAAUAGCAGAAGUUUUAAAGUCAUACUGUAAUCGUCACAUGUCCAAAAAUUUAAUUAUAGCUGUCUCCGUGAAACCAUCAGAACGAUUACCAAUUAUUUUAUUAUCAAUACUGAAAGCAGGAAUGGCAUAUUUACCAAUAGAUGUCGAAUUUCCUGCAGACAGAAUUAGAUAUAUAUUAGAAGAUGCACAACCUCUACUAUGCAUAACUGAAAAAUCAGUGGAUUCCAGAUAUUUCAGUAACAUACUCACGGUACUUGACACUGAUUUAUUCUUAGAGUCUGAAAAAAGGGUAGGAAACAUAACAAUUGACGAAGAUACGUCUAAGGUAGCACUUGUUUUAUAUACAUCUGGUAGCACCGGAACACCAAAAGGUGUUCGAUUGCAAUAUAAGGCUCUUAUAAAUAGACUGACAUGGCAGUGGGAAGAAUUACCUUAUAAACAUAAUGAAAAUUGUUGUAUUUUCAAAACGGCUAUAACAUUUGUUGAUAGUGUUUGUGAAAUAUGGGGACCAUUGAUGCAAGGUCUGACAUUAAUAGUUAUUCCUAGGCAUAUAACGAAAAAUCCAGAAGAAUUUAUUCAUGUUUUAGAUAAAUACAAGAUCCAGAGAAUUGUUUUGGUUCCAUCUUUAUUGAAAUCUAUGUUGAUGUACAUACGACUUCAGCAAAUCAGAAGCCACCUCAAAGAAUUGAAAUUAUGGAUUUGUUCUGGAGAAACUUUGUCGGUAUCCUUAGUUCAAGAAUUUUUUCAUAUAUUCAAUGGAGAUAAUAAAUUAUUAGCUAAUUUUUAUGGCAGCACAGAAGUUAUGGGUGAUGUGACGUUUUAUAUAUUACGAGAAGAUAACUAUCAUCAAUAUAAUGAUAAGAUCCCCAUUGGAAGGCCUAUGAAAAAUUGUUUAACUUAUAUAGUGGAUGAAAACUGCUGCUUAAUAUCACAAGGUAAAGUAGGACAGUUGUUGAUAGCUGGAAGAAACUUAGCUGAUGGAUAUAUACAUGAUUUUAAUUCUAAUAAGUUUAUAGAUAAUCCAUAUUCCAAAGAUAAAGAUUAUACAAAAGUAUUCUGCACAGGUGAUUACGCAAAGAUAGAAAAUGAUUUGUUAUAUUAUGAAGGGCGGUACGAUAAUCAAGUAAAAAUAAGAGGUCAUCGAGUUGAUUUAUCAGAAGUAGAAAAAGCAUUAUUAAACUUAAAUUCGAUAAAAGAUGCUGCAGUGUUAUCAACUAAACCUUGUGAUACUGAAAAGCUUCUUUUAGGUUUCAUUAUACCUGAACGAACUGAAUCAAUGAUUGAUAUCAACCAGAUUAAAACUUCUCUUAAUAAAACGCUUAUGCCUUAUAUGAUACCUGAAAUUAUUAUUAUUGAUAAUAUGCCGCUGCUUAUUAAUGGGAAAAUUAAUCGACAACAUUUAUUAGAAUCCUAUUAUAAACAACAAGAGAGAAGUGCAAUAAAAAAUAAAGUAUAUAAUUAUGCGAAUAUACCAAUAGAAGAACUAAAUAAAGCUAAAGCUCUGUUUGAUACUAUUGGAUCAGUUGUUGGACAUAAUUCUUGUAAUAUUAUAAACAUUGAUGCAAAUUUUUAUGAAAUUGGUGGAAACUCGUUAAAUUCUAUAUAUACUAUUUUAAAACUACGCGAACAAGGUUUCCACAUUGGAAUAACAGAUUUUAUAACAGCUAAAACUAUGAGAGACAUAGUUUCGAAAAUGACAAUAGCCGAUAUGAAUCCCAAUGAAGAUGAUUUAAUGAACACGGAAAAAUAUAUUUUAGAAAUGUUGAAAGAGUGCCAUAAAACACAGGUUAUAGAAAUGAUUACAGAAAGUUUUUUCACAAAAGCUGAUCUUGAGAGAUGGCUAAUUCCAGAUGUUAAAAAGGAACAUUAUUUUGAUUUAAUGCAAAUACUCUGGGAUUCAUUAGUAGAAAAAAAUUUGAGUUUUGUAUUAAAGUCAUCAGAUAACAUAAUUUUAUCAGUUUCUUUAAACUUCGAUGCAAGAGAUGAACCAGAAAUUGUUAUUGAAUCUAAAUUAAGUAUUGUAUUCGACUUCUUGGAGUAUCUAGAAAAACCAAUCAGGGAAACACGAUUACCUCGAGGAAAAAAUACAAUUUUUCAUACGUUUAUGAUGGCAACGAAGAACGAUUUGGAUGCUUCUGAAAAUAUUAUAUUGAUGAGAAUGAUGGAGCAAAAAUGUUUAGAAAUAGCUAAAUCGAAAAAUUUUCUUGGAAUAUUAACAACAAAUACGAGUCCUUUAACGCAGCAACUGGGCACUGAUAUAUUUAAUUACGAAGUGAUGUUAGACUAUCAAGUUAAUCAAUACGUGGCUCCUGAUGGAACAAAACCUUUUCAGAAAGCGCCAAACGAUCAAAGAGCUGUAGUUUCAUGGAUAAAAAUAAAUUAUCAUUGAACUAAUUUCUAAAAUAAAAAAAAACAAUUUGUUUUAUUAUAUAAUGCUAAAUAUAUAAAAAGCGAAUAAAGAUCUAU